CAAAAAAUAAACAUUAAAAAAAAAAAAAAAAAGGUGGAGGUGAGAAUCCUCCGCCUAAGCAGGGAAGAAUAUUUUAGCAUUGGCGUUGUUUAGAAUUGUCAGCCAGCACAUGAUGACAAUAAAAAGCAAACCAGUGGGUCUCAUUGCACUGAAGUUCCCUACGGACAGCACACCCCCUUAUUGCCUGCAUCUGGGGCAGAUGGCUCUCCUACCUCUGCCCCCAUGCCACUGCUGUGGACUAUUUAUGGAAUGGAGUGCUGAAAUGGUAUAUAAAGAUGAAAAUAAACACAUUCUUAAAAUAUGCAUCACAGAUGAAGCCCACAGACAUAAUGUCGAAUGGAAAAAAAAGCACCUAGAGGAGUUCACACUCAGUGAUGCCACUGGCAUGAGAUGUGCUGAGUGAGAUAAAGCACAUGCAGAAGUCUGUGUGGUGUGGCGCCAUUUCUGGUUCAAAACAAAACCAAACCCAAGCAAACUGAAUAAUGACAGAAGCAAAUGCACCAGAAACAUGGAUCUGAACAAUCCCAGGAUAUGUUGAAGUUUGCUAUGGUUGAGAUGAACUUUGCAAGUGUGUCCAGGAAGGUAAGUAUUCGGACAUUGUUUUUGCAGUCUCGUUUGUAACAAAGUUGGAGGCGACCAAAAUCUCCAAGAUUAGCGGAUAAGCGGAGUUGCCACCUGUAUACAAUGGAAUAUUAGACAACAGUUAAAACACGACUAAGAAGAAUCAACCAGGAUCACUCCUGAUAAUUUGAUGUUAGGUGAAAAAAAAAUUGCAGAAUAUUGUCUGUACGGUGUUCACCAAUGUAUGUAAAUGUGUGAAACAGAAAGGACUGAGGUAACCAUUCUUGAGCACCUACUAUGUUCCAGGUACCUUCCUGGACCCCCACGGCAACCCUGUGAGCUACUUACUAAUAUUGUUUUUCACAGAGCAGGGAACUGAGGCUAGUGAGGGGCAGCCCGACGGGACAGCCCACAGCUGGGAGGGAGCCCAGGGCCGGGACCCACAGGCUGGCCGCUAGAAGCUCCCUGCCAGCCAGCCCGGGACCAGCUGCCCAGGCUGGGCUCUCAGGCCCGGGCCACCAUCCGGAGCCCUGAGCCGGCGCCGGGCAGGAGGCCCUGUAACUCCAGCCGCCGCUCCCGCCCCUGCCCGCCCCUCCUUCACCUCAGCCUCCGGCUGGACUGCCCACAAUGCCUCCCAUUCAGCCCUGUCCCUGCUGCCAGGCCUGCGGGCCAGAGAGGGGGGCUCCCGCGGCAUCCAGGCCGACUGGCAGUGUGAGCCGGACGGCAUGGAGGGGACCCAGAGCGUCUCCUUGGUGCUGCUGCUUCCCCUGCUGCUGCCACCGGGCCCAGCUUGGCAUGCGGCUGCCCAACGCUGCCCACAGACGUGCGUUUGCGACAAUUCCAGGCGGCAUGUCGCCUGUCGGCACCAGAACCUCACUGAGGUGCCAAACGCCAUCCCCGAGCUGACUCAGCGGCUGGACCUCCAAGGCAACGUGCUGAAGGUGAUCCCCCCAGCUGCCUUCCAGGAGCUGCCUUACCUGACACAUCUGGACCUGCGGCACUGCCAGGUGGAGCUGGUGGCCGAGGGCGCCUUCCGCGGCCUGGGCCGCCUGCUCCUCCUCAACCUGGCCUCCAACCGCCUGAGCUCGCUGCCCCAGGAAGCCCUGGACGGGCUGGGCUCACUGCAGCGGCUGGAGCUGCAGGGGAAUAUGCUGGAGGAGCUGCGGCCGGGCACGUUCGGGGCACUGGGUGCGCUGGCCACCCUGAACCUGGCCCACAACGCCCUCGUCUACCUGCCCGCCAUGGCCUUCCAGGGGCUGACGCGUGCCCGCUGGCUGCAGCUGUCCCACAACGCCCUCAGCGUGCUGGCGCCCGAGGCCCUGGCCGGCCUGCCCGCCCUGCGCCGGCUCAGCCUGCACCACAACGAGCUGCAGGCCCUGCCGGGGGCAGCCUUGGCCCAGGCCCGCACCCUGGCCCGGCUCGAGCUGGGCCACAACCCCUUCACCUACGUGGGCGAGGAGGACGGGCUGGCGCUGCCGGGCCUCCGGGAGCUGACGCUGGACCACGGCGCCCUGCAGGCCCUGGAGCCCAGGGCCUUCGCCCGCUGCCCGCGCCUGCAUACCCUGGACCUCCGUGGGAACCAGCUGGACGCCCUGCCGCCCCUGCAGGGCCCCGGGCAGCUGCGCCGGCUGAGGCUGCAGGGGAACCCUCUGUGGUGCGGCUGCCAGGCCCGGCCGCUGCUCGAGUGGCUGGCGCGGGCGCGUGUGCGCGCGGACGGCGCGUGCAGGGGCCCCCGGCGCCUUCGAGGCGAGGCCCUGGACGCCCUGAGGCCCUCAGACCUGCGCUGCACCGGGGGCAGGGCGGAGGAGGAGGAGGAGGAAGAGCUGCUGCUGGCGGCCGCGAGGCCCCGCGCCCCCCAGGGCGCCUCCAAGGGGGACGACGGGGCGGCCGAGCCCUGCCCGCGGGCCUGCGUGUGCGUCUCCGAGUCCCGGCACAGCGGCUGCGAGGGCCGAGGCCUGCAGGCCGUGCCCCGCGGCUUCCCCGGCGACACCCAGCUCCUGGACCUGAGGCGGAACCGCUUCCCCGUGCUGCCCCGGGCGGCCUUCCCGGGCCUGGGCCGCCUGGUGUCGCUGCACCUGCAGCACUGCGGCAUCACGGAGCUGGAGGCGGGCGCCCUGGCGGGGCUGGGCAGCCUGAUCUACCUCUACCUCUCUGACAACCGGCUCUCGGGCCUCAGCGCUGCGGCCUUCGAGGGGGCUCCCCGCCUCGGCUACCUGUACCUGGAGCGCAACCGCUUCGGGCGAGUGCCGGGGGCCGCCCUGCGCGCCGUGCCCGGCCUCGUUUCCCUGCACCUGCAGAGCAACGCCGUGGACCGCCUGGAACCGGGGGACCUGGCAGGCACACAGGCCUUGCGCUGGCUCUACCUGAGCAGCAACCGCAUCGCCCAAGUGGCCCCCGGGGCAGUGGGCCCGGCUGGAGAGCUGGAGAAGCUGCACCUUGACAGGAACCAACUGCGAGAGGUGCCCACUGGGGCCUUGGAGGGGCUGCCUGCCCUCCUGGAGCUGCAGCUCUCGGGGAACCCUCUCGAAGCUCUGCCGGAUGGGGCCUUCCGGUCUGUGGGCCAGUCACUGCAGCACCUCUUCCUGAACAGCAGUGGCCUGGAGCAGAUUUCUCCCAGGGCCUUCUCGGGCCUGGGACCCCGGCUCCAGAGCCUGUACCUACAGAAGAACCAGCUGCGGGCCGUGCCCGCCCUGCCCCAUCUCAGCCAGCUGGAGCUCAUUGACCUCAGCGGCAACCCCUUCCACUGCGACUGCCAGCUGCUCCCGCUGCACAGGUGGCUCACUGGGCUGAACCUGCGUGUGGGGGCCACGUGUGCCAGCCCUCCCAGUGCCCAUGGCCAGAGGGUGAAGGCUGCGACGACUGUUUUUGAAACCUGCCCAGGCUGGGCUGCCAGGAAGGCCAAGCGGACGCCAGACACCAGGCCCAGUGCCAGGAGCAGCCCCGGGAAGGGGAGACGGUGGAGAGCAGACAAGCUCCCCCACCUCUGGCUGGGCUCAGAUGGGUUUGUGAGGAAACAACUGCACAAUUUCAUCCUGUGGGACACUGGCCUUUCCGAUAAGCCACAGAAUACCUGGACCCAACGUGUCCCUAAAAGUAAUGCCACCGUCACCGUAUUUGCCGGAUCAUCGUUGAUCCCACAGUUUCCUGACCUCCAGGGCCCAGCUCACACCUGGGACAGAGAGAGCAGGAGCGCAGGGGCCGUCGUGGCCUCCCACUGCUCGCCGGCCACGGGCUGCACCCUGCUCCGUGUCGUUCCAUCACCCGCCCGACAUUUAUGCUCACAUCCUCGAGCCCCCGGUUGUAGCCAAGUUACGCAGCACGUCAGAGAAGGGGGAGCAGGAUCUGGGUGCCCUUGUCCGUGGGAACCGCUGCUGUGUGGUGGGGGGGGCAGUGGGGGCUCUAGGGGAGAGGCCGGUCCUAAGAGGGAAAACGAGAACAGAAAAGUGGGCCCUGGGGAGACGAAGGCUCAGCCUGCCUCUGGACCUGUGUGGUGAAGACUUGGGGGGCCUGGGGUCCGUUAGAAGGUGUAUCAGUUCCCAGGGGCUGCUGUAAAAAAGUACCACACACUGGGCGGCUCAGGACAAGACAUUUUUGCCUCACUGUUCUGGAGGUUCGAAGUCUGAGAUGAGGGUGUCGCUGGUGGGGCUGUGCUCCCUCUGAAGGCUGCAGGGGAGAGCCUUCUGUGCCCCUUCCAGCCUCUGGUAGCCCCAGAUGUCUCUCGGCUUGUGGUGGCACCAUGCGGUCUCUGUCCGAGUUCAUAUGGAACCUCCCCCUGUCCCUUCAUGUCUUCCUGCCAUAUCCGAGUCCAAAUUCCCCU